ACGAACUGAAACGUUUCAAGACGCGCAGGAUGGGCAACACGGGCUCGAUGGCUGUGCACCCGAGCCAGCUGUCUCGGCGGCUUAGCCUGACGAGCACCCGCAAAGCCGAAGACAAGUCGAUUUUGCUGCUGGGGCUCGACGGUAGUGGCAAAAGUGCCCUUGUCUACGGCCUCGCGAGUAUCCCGAACGCAACGGCGACGGCCGCACAGCCGUCGUCGUGGACGCCGCCACUGCCGUCGCCGACGAAAGUGGCGUGCGUCAAGACCACGGUCAUCCAUGGGCGCAUGUUCAAGCUCCUCGACAUGCCCGGCCACCGAGACGCACGCCACUUGUGGUACCAGCAGCACACUACCGAUGUCGCCGCCGUCUGCUUUUGCAUCGACAUGAGUGAUGUGCUGCGGUUCCCGCUCGUCGCCGAGGAACUCGACCGCCUCUCAACACUGACAGCGUCGCUGGCUUCAUCGCCCGUCGUUUGGCUCCUCUUUACCAAAGCCGACUGCGCCUCGCCGGGCCAGCGCCUCAAUGCGAUCGACACGUACGAAGCCAUCAAGAAAUGCCACAUGUUUCAAACCCGGAGGUCCUGCGACUGGUCGUUCAUCCUCGCACCGUCCAUCAACUGCCUCGCCGAGAUGCAGCUGAGCGCGUUUAAGUCCUGGGUCCACGAACACCUCGCUAUGAAAGGCUAG